AUGCGUGCUCAAGUUCUUGAAGCAUUCAACACCCCUUAUGUCCUCAAAGACAUCCCGAAGCCAGCCAGUCCUACAGGCCAAGAUAUCUUGGUCCAAGUUCAGGCAGCCUCGUACUGCCAUACAGAUGCAGUGUUCGCCUCAGGCGCAAUGUGGCAGGAUCUGCCACGUGUUGGGUCCCAUGAGUUUGCCGGUAUCAUCGUUGCCGAAGGUCCUGACGUCUCAAAGGACCUUGGACUCAAGAUCGGCCUUGCUGUCGGUGUGCCAGGUCGUGCAUUUCACCCCUGUGGUGAAUGCUACGAAUGCCGAAGUAAUGAUGGUGACCCGCCCAAGUAUGGAGUCUACUGCACAAAAGCCGGCAAUCUCGGCCUGUCGAGAGACGGCGGAUUCCAAGAAUUCUGCAUCGUCGACUCACGCCAAGUUGCGCCCAUCCCCAAAGGUAUGACAGCUGUUGAUAGUGCUCCCCUGAUGUGUGCUGGCUUGACUAUUUGGAAUGCACUUGAAGCCGGCCGUGUGGAACUAAAGAAAGGAGGGGGAAAUGGUCGGACCAUUGCCAUCUCUGGAGCCGGUGGUGGUCUGGGACACCUCGGCGUGCAAUUUGCUGUCAAGCUCGGCUGCGAUGUUGUCGCCAUCGAUGCCAGCGACUCGGCUCUGGCUUUUCUAAAGCAGGUUGUCGACUCACUUGGCUCGCUAUCGUCCAAGGUCACCAUCAUCGAUGCUCGCAUACAAGCAGCGGAGGAUGUCCGCAUUCAAGUUUGUGGGCAGCCUGAGAACAAUCUGCCCGGAGAAAAGGGUGUUGACGCUCUUCUCAUUCUCCCCGAGGCUCAACAGGCGCUUACUUACGGCAUGAAACUGAUCAAGGACCACGGUAUCUGCGUCACCGUCUCUUUCCCCAAGGAGGGCUUCGUCAUUCAGCCUCGCGAUCUCGUCUUCCGCCACAUUGACAUGAGGGGAGUUCUCGUAGGUCGCAACCGUCAGCUGAGAGCUAUGCUGAAUUUUGCCGCCGAGGCAAAUGUGCGUGCCGUCGUCACUAUUUACAGGUUGGAAGAUCUCAAUCAGCUUGUAGAUGACACACAUCACGGUGCAACAGGCAAGCUUGUGGUUGAUAUGUCAAAGUGA